AUGUGCUCUGCAUGCACCCUUGUAAUCCAUCCAAAAUGCGCUUCAAUACCACCUAUCGUCAAAGUCCCACGGCAUGAUCACCCCAUUUUCCACAACUAUUUCCUCUCGGGAAAUGAGUUUAAGAACCAGAAUUGUGAGUUUUGUGACACCGAGGUUAAUAUAGACUAUGGGAAUUACCAUUGCUCAGAUUGCAAUUUUAUUGCCCAUGUGAAGUGUGCAAUGCGAGAAGGCUGGUACGAUGUAAUUGAGGCAAAAGAUUUAGAUGAGCGACGUGAUGAUGAUUUGGCAUCCAUUAAUCCCAUCACUCUUGUCAUUGAGCAAAAUGAGGGUGGAGAAAUGACAAGAAUAAAACAUUUUAGUCAUGCACAUCAUCAGAUAUUAAGUGACAAUUUCAUGGAUAAUGAUAAGACAUGUGAUGGUUGCAUGCUACUCGUCUCAACCUCAUUUUACUAUUGUUCCUCCUACUGUGACUUAUAUCUUCACAAAACUUGUGCUGAAUCACUCAGGAAGAAGUUGAGUUGGUCUCAUGCACAUCAACAAGGACUCAUCAUUGUUGUCGGCUACAUUUUCAAAUGCAGAAUUUGCAAAUGUGAGAGUAGCGGCUUUGCCUGGUUCGAAGGGAAUUGCAAAGGUUGCGGUAAAUUAUGGACAAACCUACACAGAUGCAGGCGUUGUGAUUUCAAUCUGGACUUUUUUUGUCAAUCAUUGCCGCUUAUAAUUCGAGAGAGGUGUGAUGAACAUCCUCUCGCACUCGCAUAUCAAGAGGUCAAUGAUUAUUCAAAAUAUCUUUACUGUGACAUCUGUGAGAAAAAAAGAAACCCAAAUCACUGGUUUUAUCAUUGUGCAAGUUGUGAUUUUUCUGCUCAUCCCCAAUGUGUUCCUCAAAGCCGUCUGUUGAUCAAACCUGGAAGCAUGUACAAAGCAGAAGGCCACCACCAACAUCCUCUUACUUUUACUCAACAUGCAAUUAUACUGUCCACUGGGAAUGUGUAA